UGGAUCUGAGUUCGACCUGGUUUUCCACAAACCAAAUAUCCAAUUACUUGAGUCUGUCUCCUGCCUGAGGUCUCCUCACUCGCGCUCUUCCAAUGGCGGUUCCUCCUCCAUCCUGCCUCUACUCCACCAUUGAAGCUACUCAACCCUCCCUCAGCUGCGCCAGCAAAGUUUACGUGGGAUUAAGAGCUCAGUCUCCAGGUUGUUAUGGCGUCGUAAAGCCUAAUUUGAAUGUGGAAUUUCACAGUAAAGUUUACAAGAGCAUUGAAUCCAGAUCUGGAAAAGCUACGAGAGGCCGUAUUUCAAUGAUGCCUAUUGGUACACCGAGAGUUCCCUACAGAAACCCUACUGAGGGAACUUGGCAUUGGAUUGACUUGUGGAAUGCUCUCUACCGAGAGCGCGUUGUUUUUAUUGGGCAACACAUAGAUGAAGAGUUCAGCAAUCAGAUACUUGCGUCCAUGUUAUACCUCGACAGUAUUGAUGAUUCGAAGAAGCUUUAUAUGUACAUCAAUGGUCCAGGGGGGGAUCUCACACCUAGCAUGGCUAUCUACGACACUAUGCAAAGCUUGAAAAGUCCCGUCAUUACACACUGUGUUGGUUUCGCAUAUAAUCUCGCCGGCUUUCUCCUUGCCGCUGGAGAAAAGGGUAAUAGAUUUGCAAUGCCCCUGGCUCGAAUUGCAUUGCAGUCUCCUGCAGGAGCUGCUCGUGGACAGGCUGAUGACAUUUGCAACGAGGCAGAUGAGCUAAUGAGGAUACGGGACUAUCUUUUCAAAGAGUUGGCUCAGAAAACAGGCCAGCCGGUCGAGAAGGUUUACAGCGACCUAAGUCGAAUGAAACGGUUUAAUUCUCAGGAAGCCCUCGAAUAUGGUCUCAUUGACCGGAUAGCUCGGCCUCCUCGUGUACAGACUGAUGAUGGGCCGAAGAAGGAAUCUACAUCGGGUUUGGGCUAAGCUAAGCUAUCUGUGUUCGAUUUUUCUGUUAAGUUGAUAGUAAGGAGUGGCUAAUUUGGGGAAAUAAUCCCAUAUAAGUUUGCUAAGAUAUUUUACGUUUAUGUCAAAUUUGGAUCGAAUUCUAUUUCUUUUAUGAAGCUCAGAUUUCUUUACUUCAA